AGGAGCUACAAAGUUCUUAGCAGCCAAGGGAUAAGAAUACCUGCAGGAGAGGAGGGGAUGGAAAGGCCAAACAGGACCACAAAGCACUUGAGUCUAAAAUUGAAGUAGUGUAUUCUAAGGUUUUGGGAGACAUCUACAUCACUAUAGUUCGAUUGUUCAGCAAACAAGCAGAAGGUGCGCUUCAUGGUCAUCCAUCUUUUUAAGGACUACCCUGGACUCCCUGUGUUUCAGCCUGGUCCUGGUUACCACCUACCAUACUGUAGAAACACGCUAUUUAGAGCUUAACCAUCAAACCACAGAUGUUGAAAGUCAAGAUGCUCAAGCAGGGUCAGGCUGACCAUAAACUAUCAUCAGUGGCCCCCUUUACAGAAUGUUCUUCAGAAAAAAAAGAAGUGGAGCUGAUUCUAGUGAAGGAGCAGAAUGGAGUCCAGUACACAAACAGUACCAUUAUGGACCCUGACGCAUCUCCCCAGUAUGUGGUCCCCGGACGGCCAGGAGAUCCAGACAGGGAAACCUGGGGCAAAAAGAUAGACUUCCUACUCUCCGUUGUUGGCUUUUCUGUUGAUUUGGCAAAUGUUUGGCGGUUUCCAUAUCUAUGCUAUAAGAAUGGAGGAGGUGCCUUUCUGAUCCCAUACACUUUGUUUCUAAUCAUUGCUGGAAUGCCUCUGUUCUACAUGGAACUAGCUCUUGGACAAUACAACCGUGAAGGUGCAGCCACUGUUUGGAAGAUAUGUCCAUGUUUCAAAGGUGUGGGUUACGCUGUGAUAUUGAUUGCACUCUAUGUGGGUUUCUAUUACAAUGUGAUUAUUGCAUGGUCUCUAUACUACCUUGUUUCAUCAUUCACCUCUGAACUUCCCUGGACUAAAUGUGGGAAUAAAUGGAAUAGCCUCAACUGCACCGAUCCAAAGCUGCUCAAUGCCUCUAUGUUUAGCAAUGGAACAAAGUACUCCAAAUACAAGGCUACGCCAGCCGCUGAGUUUUAUGAGCGCGGUGUGCUACACCUGCAUGAAAGUGCAGGAAUACAAGACCUGGGGCAUCCAAGGUGGCAACUCACAAUCUGCCUCUUUGUGGUGCUUAUUGUCCUCUUCUUCAGCUUGUGGAAAGGCGUUAAGACAUCAGGGAAGGUUGUAUGGAUAACAGCCACACUCCCAUACGUAGUAUUAUUUGUCUUGCUGAUCCGUGGGGUCACUCUUCCUGGAUCGGCCAAUGGCAUCAGUGCGUACCUACACAUAGACUUCAAGAGACUAAAAGAAGCCACGGUUUGGAUCGAUGCAGCAACUCAGAUAUUCUACUCACUGGGAGCAGGAUUUGGAGUCUUGAUUGCAUUUGCCAGUUACAAUAAAUUUGACAACAACUGUUACAGGGAUGCUCUACUCACCAGUACUAUUAACUGUGUCACCAGUUUCAUAUCAGGAUUUGCAAUCUUCUCGAUCCUGGGAUAUAUGGCACACAAGCACAAAGUCAAAAUUGAAGAUGUUGCAACUGAAGGUGCUGGUUUGGUUUUCAUUAUUUACCCAGAAGCGAUAUCAACCCUUGCCGGCUCAACAUUCUGGGCAGUGGUAUUUUUCAUCAUGUUACUGACCCUUGGAAUCGAUAGUGCUAUGGGAGGUAUGGAGGCUGUAAUCACUGGACUCGCUGAUGAUUUCAUAAUUAUAAAAAAACACCGAAAGUUUUUCACCUUUGUGGUCGCACUCAUCACAUUCCUGCUGGCCUUACUGUGCAUUACCAAUGGUGGGAUCUAUGUGCUCACACUCCUGGAUACAUUUGCUGCUGGGACAUCAAUAUUGUUUGCCGUUUUAAUAGAAGCAAUAGGUGUGGCUUGGUUCUAUGGUGUGGAUAGGUUCAGUGAUGACAUUUAUAGGAUGAUGGGAUUCCGUCCUGGUCUCUAUUGGAGAUUGUGCUGGAAAUUUGUCAGCCCUGCAUUCCUCCUGUUUGUUGUGAUUGUGAGUAUUGUGACCUUUAAACCUCUGACAUAUGAUGACUACACAUUUCCAACAUGGGCACACUGGACUGGCUGGGGCAUAGCACUGUCAUCUAUGAUAAUGGUGCCAGUCUAUUUCCUCUACAAGUUUUUUACAGUGCGAGGAUCUUUCAAACAGAGAAUCGCUUAUUGUAUUACCCCGGAACAUGAGCAUCCACUUGUGGCUCAGGGAGACGUCAGACAGUUUAAGCUCCGACACUGGCUGGCUAUAUGACACACGCCUCUAAAGCCUGAAUUAAAAAAAAGUAUGGCUGCUUUGGGACUGUCAGCUUGUUUAUGGGACUCCAAUCUCCAGGCAGAUGCAGACAACGUUUCCCGUGUUUUCUAUACCUCUUUUUUUAUGACUUGGUUUACUAUAAAUUUGCUCACAUAUGGUGGAGAAUUGUUGGUGAAGUAUUUUGAAGGACCACUGUAUGAAGGCAAAACCUCCUUUUUUAUGUUGAAAUAAUUUAAAUAGGAUUGAUGUACACAUAUUACAAAUUACCUCUCUACAUUCAAGCAUGACAGUACAAAGAUGCUUUUCUUGCAUGUAUUUCAAUGAUCUUUAUUAUUCAGUAAUUCUAUUUAACAUGCAGGAGGACUUUUUAAAACCUCAUCUUAGUUUACUAAUAUGUGAGGAUUAUAGCGGAAUUCUGAGCUAAAAAAACAAAAAAAAUCUUUAUACUAUUUAGAGAUAAUUUAUUCAUCAAAACUUUCUUUUACUGAAACUAUAUUAGAUUUGUUUUUUAAUUAAAACACACAAAUGCCUGUCCAAUUAUUAUUCAAAAAUUAUUUCUUAGGUUGAUUUUUUUCCCUAAAUCACCACUUAUGUUACCAAGAAGUUUUAUCAGUAACUAUAUCUGUAUAUCUCUAUAUUCUGCAUAGUAGUUCAGCACUCAGUGUAUAACAAUAAAACAAUUCUGCAGCAUCAGUGUUAAUAACAUAUAGGGCCUAAGGGUCUGAAAUGUUACAUCUGCUUAAAGGGACAUGAAACCCAACAUUUCCUUUCAUGAUUCAGAUACAGCAUACCAUUUUAAACAACUUUCCAAUUUACUUCUAUUAUCUAGUUUGCUUUGUUCUCUUGGUAUCCUUUGUUGAAAAGAAUACCUAGGUAGGCUCAGGAACAGCAAUGCACUACUGGGACCAAGCUGCUUAUUGGUGGCUGCACAUAUAUGCCUAUUAUCAUGUAAAAUUGUGAUUGCUAUUUGAAACAUGAAAGAAAAAUUUUGGCGUUCAUAUCCCUUUAAUUUGUGAUAGUCUUUCAAUAAACAAAAAAAACUUUAUUCACAAAUGUGCUGAGGCAUUGUGCAGUACUAUUUAAUAGCUGUAAAUCACAUAUCUCUUUCAACAUAUUGUUUUAAAAUUGCCCUACCUCUAUUGCAACAGUCUCAUCCUGGUUUUUCUACAUUCCUGUUUACAAAAGAUUGAAUAAUCAAGGUUAAUCAAUGUGUAACAAAUAAUAUUUGAAAGAUAUGAUUGUAAGACAAGGUAAAAAAAGGUUUAAUUCACAAAAUAUAUCUGACUUUUAUUCCAUAGAAAAGGUGCUCUAUGCUUAAAAAGAAUAACACAUAUUUUAAAUUUUAGCAGACAUUAAAGGGACACUGAACCCAAAUAUUUUAUUUAGUGAUUCAGAUAGAGCAUGCAAUUUUAAGAAACUUUCUAAUUUACUCCUAUUAUCAAAUUUUCUUUGUUCUCUUGCUAUCUUUAUUUGAAAAAGAAGGCAUCUAAGCUUUUUUUUUAGUUCAGAACUCAGGACAGCACUUUUAAAAGGUGGAUGAAUUUAUCCACCAAUCAGCAAGAACAACCCAGGUUGUUCACCAAAAAUGGGCCGGCAUCUAAACUUAUAUUCUUGCAUUUCAAAUAAAGAUAACAAGAGAAUUAAGAAAAUUUGAUAAUAGGAGUAAAUUAGAAAGUUGCUUAAAAUUUCAUGCUAUAUCUGAAUCACGAAAGAAAAAAUGUGGGUUCAGUGUCCCUUUAAGAGCUGUUGGUAGUGAAAUCAGCUUCAUGGGUAGUUAAAGGGACAGUGUACUAUGAUUUUGUUUCCCAUUUAAUGUGUUCCCAAUAAUCCAUGAAUAUUUGAAUACGUAAGUACUAGUUAUAGAAAAGCUAUGCAAACAAAAAGAUGUAGAAGUAACCACACUCCCACUAAGUGGUAGGACAGAUAGAUAUGUUAAUUGUCCACUGUCUUACUGCAUAUAGAGAAAUAAGAGUAAGAAAAGGAGGAUUUCUUGGAAAUAUGUUAAUGAGGUUGGCUCUUCCUGGAAGCUCAGCUCACUUCAUUGGUUUGUGGUUUCAAUUACCAGAGAUAGCUGUUUCAAAAACUAAAACAAGCAUAAAGUAUCUAUUUCCCAUACAUUUUAUACUAUGUAGCUAAUAUAACAAAUCACUGUAAACAUAUUAAGGGGAAUUUUUUUUACAGUACAGUGCCUCUUUAAUAUGUGUCUGUGCUGUUUAAAAACAUUAUGGAAAUAGUCACAGUCAGCUAUCCUGGUGUACUGAGCAUGAAAAGGGAGGCACAAUGUGAUGCUUUGGCUGACAACAGAUCAAACAUUUCCCUGUUUUCAGUGGCAUUUAAUACAAUAGUCUUGUCUGUCUCUUGUAUGGCACUUACUGUAUUAAGAUUCCAGUAGUGGAAUCAAUGACAAUAAACUCACAGCAGAUAUCAGCAAUUGAGCAUUGCAUUGCAAAGAUACACGUUUUAAAAUAACUAACACUGACAUUUUACAAGGCUGAACAAGUUAGGUGCAGUUCAGGUAUAUUCCUUUUAAAUGCUUAGUUGGAUCACAAUAUAGAACGUUGCAGGCUCCAGUAAAUUUACUUAUGGAGGCAAUCCAGUCUCUGAGCUUCAGAGCUAUUUUACAGUAACGGCAGGUAAAAUAAACAAUUAAAGUAUAUUGCAAUGAUAUAUUAAACAUCUAUGGCAAAGAUUAAAUAAUGAGCCUAAUAUCCCUUUAAGUAGUUUUAAAUUGGACUAUUUUUUGAAUUUCAAGACAAGUGAUCACAAAAAUACUCCUGAAUAUAUAAUCCGCUCUAAGCAAGCUGGACAUUCUAUGCAACAUAUCUAUCACUGAACACAGAGAGUGUGUUAUUGCUUAGAACACCAUAAUUGUGCCCUUUGCCGUCUCAUCUUUAUUAAUUAAUCAAGGCUAGUAGUGCCAGUGAUGUUUGCAAACAGUAAAUUCCAUAAUAUAGCACAACAGCACCAUUUAAUGGAGUAAAAAUGAUGGUUAUAUUAAUUACUUGUUAUUUAUAUGGUACAAAUCCCACAGUGUCUAUGAUCAAUGGGGUAAGAGUUGAAUAUUUCACAACUUUAGUACUUAUCUACCAAAUGACUAUUAGCAAAAACCUCUGCUUUCUUAUAUUUGUAUACUAUUUAUGUUGAUUCAACCAGGAAAAUUGAGAUACAAACUCAGGAUCUCCUGUUUAACAAACCGUUGCUCUAAACUGUAUACAUUUCUACAAACAAGAAGUCUUUAAUGCAGCUUCCUGUUUUCGUCUUGAGAUACCAAACUCUAAAAGGAAAAUGACUCCCAAAUUAUAAACACAUGGCUGCUUUCACCCUCACGCAAUGCAGUAGCUAAGAUACCCACAGAAGUGUUGGGGAUACUCAAUUAUAUUGAGUUCCAGAAAACUGUCAGUAUGUAUUUAAAUAAAGGAUUUAUCAGUCUUCAAAGCUUUAUAAUAACCAAAAAUAUUUAAAAAAAAAAAAAAAA